AUGGCAAAUACAAUUUCCUGGAGCAGAGUGCUACUUCUCUCUCUCUUUUGGCUACAGCUCCUCUCUGUCAAUGGCUACUUUCUCGAUAAGUCUUGCGAACCCAUCGAACACAAGAUAGGGGUAUCCAUGCAUAAAGCAAGGGAAUCGGCCGAAGGUGCUCUUACGGAGCUAAACAAAAAGGAGGAGAACCAAAACACCCACGUCAAAGCCCUAAGAAAGUUGUUCUUCCGUGACAGAGAUAUGGCCAGGGUGAAAUCCACCUAUCAUUUCAUACCGUUCUUAACAGAGAUCAACAAGCCUCACACGCCUCAGGUGCAACAGCCAACUAUCUACUGUAAUCUAAACCGAUUUGAAGAGAGGCACGGGCCGCUUUAUGAUAAGCCAGAGGUGGAUUACCUUAUAGACCGUAAAGAGGGGAUUGUUCAGGAGCGGCUCGAGGGGUAUGAUAAGUGCAAGGACGGGAGAUCAAUGGCUUUCACGAGCAUCGUCAACAAGCCCGGAAGAAGAUACCUAUCAAUUCAGCUCUGCCCGUGGUACUUGAACCAGAUACUAGGUACCGAGUUCACAAAUGCUGAGGGUACCCUUCCCGAUGCCCAUGGCGCGAAAAAUUACGAUCCCAAAAGACAAUCUUCCAAGGAUGAUCCCGACGCAGACGUGUUCAGUAGCCGACUGGACUUUACUCUUUUGCAUGAGUUGGCACAUGCCCUGCCAGGCGGAUAUGAUCUCGAGGACGAUCCCGCGUAUGGAUGGCACAAAUGUAUGGCGCUUCCUACAGCGGAAGGAUGGAGGAAUCCAGAGUCAUAUGCGUUUCUUGCUUUGGGUGAGCCUAUUCGUGCCGUUGUACUGUUUAUUCCGGUACUAAUGAUAACCAGGUGUGCGUAG